AUCCCCUGGAAAAUCUACAACGUGCCAUUCCGCAACACGCCUCCCUCAGUUCCUGUGCAACAGCCCGGAGGCAGCGGAGACACUGGAGGUCCUGACAGAUCACAAUGCGGAAAUGUUCUCUGCAUUCUCAGCGAAAAGUUACUUCCUCUGAAAUACAGCUGGAGGAGCAACAGAUGCAGAAAGAUCUACGUUAAGUAACAGUAAAGUUACAGUAAUGUGAUUCACUCAUUGACUUGCUACGGAGCAGAGCUGGGCAGACAAUGGCUGGAACGUCUCUGAUGCUGAGUGUGGGGCUUGUCGAAAAAGACACCAAUGGUGAUGCACUGUGGGUGUGGUGCUACCCUACCAUUACAGCAGAACUCCGAGAGCUGCUUUUAAGGAAAUGCUCUCUCAGUGGUGAAAAUGACGUUAUUCACACCUUUGUCUUUGGCCAGUUCCGAAGAAUUUGGUACUAUAUCACAACCACACAAGUCCAGGAUCCCACUGCGUUAUCAAAGGUGACCCACUUCUCUUUAGUGUUAACUGCCAAAGAUUUUAACCCAGAAAAAUAUGCAGCAUUUGGGAGAGUUCUAUGUAGGACAUACAUGAAAUAUGGUAAUCCAGCCAAAAUAACGGAAGGCUACAUUUCUGUUCUAACAAAUGGCAUCUGUCAAAGUGAAGAGAAUGGGUCAUUUUUUACAAAGGACUAUGAUGCUAAGAAGGCAUAUCUUGCUGGAUCUAUCAAAGAUAUAGUGAGUCAGUUUGGAAUGGAAACUAUUAUCCUGUACACGGGACUGAUGCUGAAGAAGAGGAUUGUUGUCUACCACCUGCGCAUAGAAGCUUUGCAGGAAUUUACCAGGACUUUGCCCACAUUAGUUUGGCAUAGGCAGGAUUGGUCCAUACUCCAUCCUUACAUGCACUUAAAUCAAGAUGAACUAGAGGCAUUGAAAACUUGCACUGGUUACGUGGCUGGUUUCACAGACUUAAAGGUGACUGACCGGCCAGAUAUAUACGAUGUGUUUGUGAACCUGGUGGAAAGUGAAAUCAUCAUCGCGCCCCAUGCAAAAGAAGCAAUGGCGAUGGGUAAGCUGCACAAAGACGUCGGUCAACUUAUUGUCCAGUCAGCUGGUGACCCAGAGAAAUCAGAUGGGCAAGUGAUCAAGGAUAUUUCACAGAAAACAAAGGAAAUAUUGACCAAUUUAGCUUCCAUCGCACCAGAUAAGGAGGGGAAAUCCAAGAUCACUUUGGAGAUCCUAAAGGAGAGGCGUUUCCCACCAGCAACCGAGAGCUUCCUGUAUCACUUGGCAGCUGCUGAGCAAAUGCUGCAGAUCUGA